AUGCCAACACAAAAGGACCGAAACUCAUCAUCAACAUCAUUAUUUCUAGUGAUCAAGCUUCUCAAUCCACUGCUCCACCAUUUCCUAAAUCUCCUUUUCUAUUUCUUCAUCCUCUGCUUGGGCGUGGUAGUUGGAAUCAUUGUUCAUUCUUCUCUAGAAGCAUCAUUUUUGCCUUAUUAUCCAACCGUUCAAAGUAUUUCCCAACUCGUCCUCGUUACAUCUCCUCCUCCCCCUACUUCUUCUCCUUUGCCUCAGAACUACGAGAUCGAAAUGUUUCUGAGGCCACCGAAGAUUAACAUCAUGCAUAAUAUGGAAGACAACGAGCUCUUUUGGAGAGCUUCAAUGGAUCCUAAGAUCCCAACUCGUCCUCGUUACAUCUCCUCCUCCCCCUACCCUUUCUCUCGAACCCCUAAGGUUGCUUUCAUGUUCUUGACAAGGGGACCUUUACCUCUGUCUCCUCUAUGGGAAAGAUUCUUUCGAGGGUAUGAAGGUCUUUUCACUAUUUAUAUUCACACCAAUCCGUCUUACAAAGAGUCCAUGCCCCAAGGCUCGGUGUUUCAUGGCCGCCGCAUUCCAAGCAAGAGAGUGGACUGGGCAAACGCAAACAUGGUAGACGCAGAACGUAGGUUACUAGCAAACGCAUUAUUAGACAUCAACAACGAGCGUUUCCUUCUCUUCUCCGAAGCAUGCAUCCCUCUCUUCAACUUCACCACUAUCUACUCUUACCUCAUCAACUCCACUCAAACCCACGUAGACUCUUACGACCUCCCCUUCGGCCGCGUCCGCUACAACCGCCGCAUGUAUCCGCACAUCCACAUGCACCACUGGCGUAAAGGCUCUCAGUGGUUCGAGCUAGACCGACCCAUGGCCCUGGAGACUGUCUCCGACACAUUCUACUGGCCCAUCUUCAAGGCAUACUGUCGGUGUCCGGACGAGCACUACUUACCGACGCUACUCAACUUGACGCCCAGCCUUGGGUCGCGUAACUCAAACAGGACGCUGACGUGGACUGACUGGGGGAAGCGUAGGGCCCAUCCGAGAUCGUUUGGUGGGCCGGAGGUGAAUGUGGAGUUCUUGAAGUGGCUUAGGAGGAGUGACAAAGAGUAUUGUGAACACAAAGGAGUGGAUAAGACGAGGCCUUGCUUUCUCUUUGCUCGCAAGUUUUCGUCUAAUGCUUUGGAUAAGUUGCUCCGAUUUGCAUCCACCGUCAUGUAUUUCUGA